AUGGAGCAAGAAGAUCAACAAUACGAGGAAGAUUCUUCUCAAUUCAAUAAAAAUAAUUAUGUACCAGACGAUAAUAGUGGUGAAAAAGAACAACCAGCAACGACCACAGAAAUAACAACAACAACGACAACAACAACACCAACAGCAAUAGAUAAUAAUGAUUCAGAUUUAACAGAAGAUGUAAUAAAUGCAGUAUCAAAAUAUAAAGAUGGUACAAGUAGUAAGUCUGUCAAAAAGACAAGAAGAAAGUUUGCAAUGAAUAUCGCAACUGAUGAAGUAUUUAAUUUACCGCCAAUGGAACAACAACAACAACAACAACAUCUACAACCACCUCUUUCACCAAAUAGUGCAAGUAAUACAAAUUUUGGAGCAGCUGCAACUUUUAGUCCAACUUCUAUACUCUCAAAAAAUAAUAAAAUAAUCACUUCCCAACAAACAUCAUCUACUUCAAUAUCACCACUUAAACCAUCACCACUUUCAUUCUCUUCAGGAAUUUUACCUCCAAGUUCUAGAAUUUAUGAAUCACCACCAACCUUGGGGAAAUAUGACAAAGUUAUCUUGGUAAUACUUUCUCAGCAGUACCUCCAGAAUCAAGUGAAUAUUUUUCCAAUUAAAUUAAUUGAUAGAGAAAGAAUAAACUUAAUUCAUCAAAAUAUUCUUUCAAAUGAAUUUCAAUUAUUAAAAUCAUUAAAACACAGUGGUAUUGUUAAUUAUAUUGGAAUGAUAAAUGAUAAUACAGGAUUUGGUAUUGUACAAGAAUUUUAUGAGAAUGGAUCAUUAAGUGAUAUUUAUAAUAGAUCAGGAGCAUUCCAAGAAUCAUUAGUAGCAAAAUAUACAUUACAAAUAUUGGAAGCAUUAGGAUACAUUCAUUCACAAGGUAUCGUUCAUAGGAAUUUAAAAUCAAAUAAUGUAUUAUUGGCAAAAGGUGGUAAAGUAAAGAUAUCAGACUUUGCAAUCGGUAUUAGAUCUAGUGCAAUCGAACCAUCCAUUAGAUUCUCAUUGAAUGGUUAUCCAUUUUGGACAUCACCAGAGGUGCUCUCGAUGAAACCAUUCAAUCAUAAAGUAGAUAGUUGGAGUAUUGGUUGUUUGAUAAUGGAGUUGAUUGUUGGUCAUCCUCCAUUCUCACAUUUAGGUCCAAUGGAAGCAUUGAUUGAAAUUAUUAAUCCAUCAACAACUAUACUACCAAAUUGUUUAGAUGAGAAUGAACAAUCAUUAUUCUCUUUAGAGUUAAAUCAAUUUUUAGAAUUAUGUUUUAAAAAGGAACCAUCCGAUAGAGCUUCAGUACAUGAUUUACUUAGACAUCCUUGGUUAUCAAUGUUUAAUGAUAGUUCAUCAUCAUCAUCAUCAUCUUCAUCGCAAGCUCAUCCAACAGUUCAAUCAAAUAAUCUUAAUGGUAAUGUAAAUUCUAGAACUCAUGGUGAAUUUUAUUCUUUAGAUUUCUUAUCACAAUUUGAACAAAAUGAAAAAGAAAUUUCAAAAAUUUUAUCAUCUGGUGAUCAAUUAGAUUCAACUUCAAAUCAAAUUGAUUUAAAGAAAUUCCAAUUUAAACAUUAUAAUAAGAAACAACAACAACAAUACAACUAUAAUUAUAAUAAUUACAACAACAACAACAACAACAAUAACAAUACUAAUGAUAAUGAUAAUGAAUGUGGUGAACAAACUGAGGAAAUUAAUUUAUCAAGCUUAUCAAAAGAUGAACAAAUUGAAAGAUUAAAAGCAAUAAUUGAUCAAAAUGAAACAAUGGCAAAUAAUUUAAAGUAUACAAUGCAAGAGGUAUUACAAGAACAAACUAAAUAUUAUGAAAUUUGUGAAUCAAUGAAAAGUAAAACUUUAGAGAUUUUAAAUCAAAAUAAAACUGGUGCAAGAAUUUCUGCACAUAGUAAUUCAUUAUUAAAGAGAACCAAUCAAAUGGCAAAUGAUUUGGGUAGAAAAUAUGAAAUUCUUCAAUCCAAUAUUAAAAGAUUAGAGGAUUAUUUAAUUACAAAAGAUGAUUGUGCAAAGAAAUUGGCAAAUGUAGUUUACAGAAAUAAAAUUUCAUUCGAUUCCCUAUUGAAUCCAACUUUGGCUGCUAAUUUACUCUACCAAAUUGGUUCAAAAACUUGGAAAAAAGGUCAAGAGAAACGUGCUUUUGCAACUCUAAAAGAUAAUUUCUUAUUUUUCUUUAAAAAUGAAAAAUCCUCUUAUCCAAUCGAUGUAAUAUAUUUAAAUGAUAAGAGGAAUAUUUCAAUAACUUCAAUUCAAGACUCUAAAAAGAAAGCAUAUAUAAUUUGUAUUGGUACAACAAUUCAUGAUCAAAAUAAUUUAGAUCCUUCAAAUAAUAACGAAUCUGUGAAUUUAUCAACUUCACCAGGUUCACUUGUAAAUAGUAAUAGUAACCCCUCAAUUUCAAAUUCUCUUAAUAAUAAUAAUAAUAAUAAUAAUAACAAUAAUAAUAAUAAUAAUGGAAACCCAAAUGUAAUAAUAACAACAAAUAAUAAUUGUAAUAGUAAUAGUAAUGGAAAUAAUAUAGCGACACCUCCAAUUUCAAUACCGAAUGGUAAAGAAGUUAAAGAAGGUAAAGAAAUUAAAGAAAUUAAAGAACCAAAAGAAAAAGAUAAAGAUAAAGAAAAAGAUAAAGAUAAAGAAAAAGAUAAAGAUAAAGAAAAAGAUAAAGAUAAAGAAAAAGAAAAAGAUAAAGACAAGGAAAAUAAUAAUAAUAAUAACAGUAAUAAUAAUAACAAUAAUGGUAAUAAUUAUAAUAGUUCAGAAACAAUUUGGUGUUUAUUAGCAUUUGACAAUUCAAAGAAUAUGGAGAAUUGGUAUGGAGUUUUAGAUAGUGUAGUUCCUUGGUAUGAUAAAAGAGCUUAUGAAAUUUCAAAACCAAUGUUACCAAUUGAAAAUAAAAAACAUCAAAAACAAAAAUCAUUAGAUUCAACCAAUAAACAAUCACCAGGAAGUUUAGGUGGUGCUGGCGGUGAUGUUUCUUGGAAGAAAGAAAGUGGUGGUAUUAAAUUUCAAGGUGUCGUUGGUGUUAGAUUGGAUGAUUUAAUGACUCGUGAAAGUCCAACAGCUGAAUUACCCUAUUUCCUAUCGAAGAUGUUGAAAUUCUUAGAAAAGAAUGUCGAUGAAGAAGGUAUUCUUAGAUUAUCAGGUUCUUCAACUGAAAUCCUUGAAAUGAAACAACAACUUCAAAGAGGUGAAUCAAUCGAUUACACCUAUAAAGAUCCUCAUGCCGUUACUGGUCUAUUGAAAUUGUUUUUACGUGAAUUACCAGAAUCAAUCUUACCCGAACAUUUACGUAUUCAAAGUACAGAGAUCCUUUCAAAUGGUCGUUUUGGUGAAAAAGAAAAAAUUAAAGAAAUUCAAACACUCUUAAGUAAUCUUAGUAGACCUCAUUACAAUGUCUUAAAACAUAUGUUAUUUUUCGCUAAAUUGGUCGUUGAUAGAAGUGAAUAUAACAAAAUGGUUAUUGCAAAUGUAACAACUUGUUUCUCUCCAACUUUACGUAUUCCUCCUGGAUUAUUUAACUUUUUAAUUAAUACUUAUGAUUUAUCUUUUCCAAAAUUCAAUUUAUCAGUUUAA